AUGGACAAAAUCACGGUUGAAGAGAGGUAUAUGAAAGUAACCAAGAUGUGCUCGAUGUUGACCGGGAUCUGGCCUGAUCAGAGUAAAUUUUCGCAACUUGUCGCGCGAACGAUUAUAUAUGUCAUCUGUGUGUCGUCGCUUUUUACUCAGGUGGCACAACUCGUGUGUUUCUUCAGCCUGGAUGCCAUAAUAGAGCAAAUCUGUUUUUUGUUUCUAAUAUCCGGGAUACUGAUAAAGCAAGGAAACUACAUCAUCAAGGCUACAGAGUAUAAGAUGCUGCUCGACACCAUUUGGGAGGAUUGGUCGAAAGACAGAGCGAAGGACGAACUGGAGAUUAUGGUGGUAUACGCGGAGAGGACAGCUUUCUUUUGUCGAAUGUAUUUCGGUAAAGUAGCCGAAACCACUUCGAAGAUUCGACGUUCAAUUUUCCCUGCAAUCGCUCUGAUCCGAGUCGGCAUGGUCUGUUCCGGAUGCUUCGUCCAACAAGCAUUGUCGCCAAUUGUUUUCGACAUAAUUUUACCGGCCAACGAGACGCGAGAUGUGCUGUACAUUUAUCCGGCUUAUUAUUUGCUCGACGAUCGCAAGUAUCGUUCGUUUAUAAUUCUCCAUUUCACCUACGUAGUUAUUGUGGCGUAUCAUGUGUUCGUCAGCUGUGAUACGAGUUACGUGUGCGUCGUGCAACACGCCUGCGGGCAGAUAGCAGUGGCCGGGCACCGUUUCAAAAAUGCGAUCUCAGACUUGUCUGCCGUGAAACAGCUGGACGACACACACGAUGAGAACUACGAAAGAGUGCGCCAUUCGUUUCAGGCACACCAACACGCUGUCAAGUUGCGUCGUACGAGGGAAUUUCUGCAGCCCUCGUCAAGGACGGUAUAUUUCUUGCCAGUCAACUGAUACACAUACUUUUCUUAACGUCGCAGGGACAAUUCGUACUGAAUUCAAACGACGAGAUUGCCGAGUCAAUAUACGAUGCGUCGUGGUAUAAUGGCAAUAAAGAGACGCAACUGUUGUUUGUAUUAGCACUAAGAAGUUGCCUGAGUGCUCCGAUUCUGUCAGCUGGAGGAUUACUUACCUUGAAUUUGGAAACUUUCGCCCGAGUAAGUACACAUUGAUUCAGUUCUCAACUGGUAAACAAGGUGCAAGCGUUUUACGAUUAAUUGGACAUUCCACUGAAAUAAGAAUGCACGAUGUUUUUCAGAUCAUAAAAGGAUCUGUUUCAUACUUCACGGUAUUGAAAUCCUCGUAAAUCAAAAACUAUUCCCUACAAAGGCGAUGGAAGACGCUUGCCGAGCGAACGAACAUCGAUAAACAAAGUGCACAACUUAAUAUCGUUAUUGAAAUAUAAAAAUUUCACGUCGAGUUUUUUUUUUAAAUUCUUUUGUAAACAAUUAUACGAACAAUGAAGACUGACUCUAUCUCUAUCCAAUUGUCUACGCGUCAACUUUGAGAACUUCUCCUUGCCACGAAUUAUUUUUAUAUCAUUUCAAAGCACUAGAGUUUCACUUUUUUCCUUUCUUUCAUUUUUUCAGUACUUUGAGUAUCGAGUAUUUUUUUCUUUUUUUUUUUCUCGCGAGCAUUUUUCGAAUAUUUGAGUAAUUUUUCGAGCAUCGCUUUUUUCGUAUUCAUCAUUGAUGCAACAAAGAAUUGAAACGUAAUGUUUUGUAUGCUCGCUGGAAUAAUCGUGACGGGCUUAUACCGGGAUAUUGUUUAUUUAUAUUUUGAAAAACAACGUAAAAAAGUAUUGGUUUCUGUUUUCAUGUAGAUUUCAAAAGAAAGAAAUUAUUAGAAUUGAAAAUAUUCGGUACAAAUGCAGAAUCGCAUUGGAUCAAGAAUGACACAUUGCAAGAUACAACGUUGUUAAUCUGAAGUUUUACUGACAGAUUUUCUGCCAAUACUUUGGCAUACUUUUUACCAAAGUAUUGUUCGUUUUUCACACAGGUGAGUGAAUAUUAAUUUAUAUUUAAAAAAUAUUAAUUUAUAUUUAAAUAUAGAUGUAA